UAAUCAAAUUGUCCAAUAGCGCACACAGUAAAACAGCCUUUAAUUGCCUUAUUUCGAAAUGCUGUCGCGAUAAGAUAGAUAGUGAUUUUCAACUUUUCUGUUUUGAAAGAAUACAAAGAAGAUUUCAAGUUAGUUGCAAGACAGCGCGAGUUUUUGUUAAAUUGUAUUGCCUCGAAUAUGGCUAGAAGAGUUGGAUCGUUUCUUUUAAGAACCCUAAAUAAAACAAAUAUUCUUCAGGAAAGGCAUGUGUCACAGUAUUAUCCAAUAGACGAGCACAUAUUCGGAUUAACUUCAGAACAAAUUCAGCUUAGGGAAUCGGCGUUUAAUUUUGCCCAAAAAGAAUUAGCAUUUAAGGCGGCUGAAAUAGAUAGAACAAAUAAUUUUGAAGAUCUUAGGAUUUUUUGGAAAAAGUUGGGAGACUUGGGAUUUCUAGGUAUAACAGCUGAAUCUGAAUAUGGUGGAUCAGACAGCGGCUAUCUGGAACAGAUAAUUAUCUUGGAAGAACUGUCCAGAGCCUGUCCAGCAAUAGCGCUGUCUUUCAUAGCACACUCGAAUUUGUGUCUAGGUCAAAUUCAAAGAAAUGCCAACAAAGAACAAAAAAAGAAGUAUUUACCUAAAUUAUGCACUGGAGAGCAUAUCGGAGCAUUGGCAAUGUCAGAACCCAACUCUGGAUCAGAUGUGGUAUCUAUGAGAUUAAAAGCUGAGAAAUGCGGUGAUUACUAUAUACUGAAUGGUACCAAGUUUUGGAUAACUAACGGACCAGAUGCCGAUGUUCUAGUAGUAUAUGCGAAGACUGAUCCAAAAACUACAAAAUCUCAGCAUGGGGUUUCGACCUUUAUAGUAGAAAGGGGCUUUCCAGGAUUUAAAAGUGGCAUAAAACUGGAUAAACUAGGAAUGAGGGGUUCCAAUACAGGAGAGUUGAUUUUUGAAGACUGCAAAGUGCCCAAAGAAAACUUAAUAGGAAGUGAAAAUAAAGGCGUGUACGUGUUGAUGAGCGGACUGGAUUUAGAAAGGCUGACCUUAGCCGCAGGCCCGGUGGGCAUUAUGCAGGCCUGCUGUGACGUAGCCUUUGCUUACGCGCACGUCAGAAAGCAGUUCAACAAGCGAAUAGGGGAAUUCCAGCUGAUUCAGGGUAAAUUAGCGGAUAUGUACACCACCCUUUCGGCAUGCCGCAACUACCUUUACAACGUUGCCAGAGCUUGCGACAAAGGAAAAGUAAACAGCAAGGACUGCGCAGGAGUAAUAUUGUAUUGCGCAGAAAAAGCUACUCAAAUGGGUUUGGACACUAUACAGAUUUUAGGUGGAAAUGGAUAUAUUAAUGAUUAUCCAGCAGGAAGGCUCCUAAGAGAUGCUAAACUUUAUGAAAUCGGUGCGGGAACGUCAGAAAUUAGAAGAAUGCUUAUAGGAAGAGCUAUUAAUAAAGAAUACUCAUAAUAAUUAAAAUAUUAAGUACUUUAAAUUAAAAUUGAUUUAUAUUGAUUCCAUAUAUUAAGUAUUUACAUUUCAAAUAUUAA